UGUUUUGUGCUGAUCACACGCUCCCACAAAGGAUAAAAAGUGCUCUGUCAGAACGUGUUGCAUGCUGUUGUGGUCAGGCAGACCGGGGAACUGGGAACUCCCCAAACCUGAACUCGAGUACAUGCUCUCAUUCCACCAUCUGCUCUUAAAGUAAGCUGGGCCAUGAAGUUCGGGGCUGCAAGUGUCCAGCAGGGCUCGCUGACACUUAUCCUGCUCCUCGGACUCCGAGCAGUCAGCACAGCUGUUGAGUUGAGUGAGAAUUCGACACUGAGUGCGGGGCCUCAGAUCGUCAAGGAGGAGCAAGAAAAUGCUGUUGAGUUGAGUGAGAAUUCGACACUGAGUGCGGGGCCUCAGAUCGUCAAGGAGGAGCAAGAAAAUGCUGUUGAGUUGAGUGAGAAUUCGACACUGAGUGCGGGGCCUCAGAUCGUCAAGGAGGAGCAAGAAAAUGGAACUGCCGAAGCUCCCACAGUUUCCAACAUGGUACGCCCUGAGGUUCCCAGCUGGAGCACAGACAGUGACCAGGAGACGUCCUCUGACUGGGAGAGCGACAUGGAAGGUUCUGGAUCAGCCACAGAAGAGCUGGACCCUAUUGAAUCAACCUCACAAGGCCACACUUGGAGUACUGUGUCCAGUUCUGGUCGCCUCACUAUAGGAAGGAUGUGGAAACAUUGGAAAGGGUACAGAGGAGAUUACAGGGAGGAAUACGAGGUGGCAUCUCGCUGUCGGGGUGAUUAUCCUGUUGGGAUUGGUCGUUUUAAUUGCAGCCAUCGGUCUGAAGCAGAGAGGAACCUGUCAAACGCUCUGGUAACGUGAAUGUCUCUCUGCGGGGCUAUUGAGGAGAGCUGCGGCAGGGGGAGGUCCGG